GGGGCGUGUCCUCCCGGCCGCCGCUGCCGACGCCGUCUCCGCCGCCGCCGCCGCCGCUGCCCCCUCGAGGCAGGCAGCUGGCCAGGCAGGGCAGCAGCGGCCGCAGAAGGCGGGAGGCGGCGAGCAUGGAGCGCGAGCUGGAGGCGCUGGCUGCUCGGCCCGCGCGCCCGGCUGAGCCGCCCUUCCAGGCGCUGGUGGAGGCGGCGGGCGGCUGCGGGCAGGUGUUGCUGGUGGGCGAACUGUGGGAGCGCGAGCAGAGCCGCGCGCUGCUGUGGGACUUCGCCCGGGCGGUGUUCCCGCCCCAGCAAGCCGCGGGCAAGCCGAGCGGCGAGGCGGCCGAAGGCGCGGGGCCCGGGGCGCCGGGGGCGCAGAAGGUGCCCGCGACCCGGGCGCGCGCCAUCCGCUCACCGCUGGUCUUCGUGCUGUGCCGCGCGUCAUCGCUGGCAGCCCGGGAGCCGCGGCGCCACCUGCGGGAGAUGCUGCGGGACGUGCGCAGCCGGCGGCGGCCCGGCGCGGCGUUGGUCGGGGUGCUGGUGGCCGAGGCGGAGCCCGUGGACGUGGUGGCUCCGGAGCUGCGGCUACUGGAGGCGCUGCUGCGCACGGUGUUCGGCCGCCAGGCUGGAGGCCCGGUGCAGGCGGCCGCCUACUGCCCCGGCCACCCGGCUUCCAACUUGACUGUUCAGGCGGCCGCCUGCAGGGCCCUGCAAGCCGCCGGGCGCUUGCGACCAGAAGGAGCGUGGGAGAGACCCGGCCUCCCAGGACUGCUGGCAUGCUUUUCCUGGGGUCCCUGGAGCCGAGGGAAGGACCCAGAUGCCACUUCCCCCAGUGACCCAGCUCAGGGUAACUUCCAGGACCCUGAGGAGGAGCUGGCACUGACAGUCGUAUAUCCCAAUGGAGAUUGCGAGGAUCCCAGAAAGGGGUCAGUAGCCUGUGAUAGAGUUGCCUCCACUCCCGCUGAGCCCGCCGGAGACUUGAGAUGAAGGCUGGACCCCUGGCUGCC